AUGGCAGAGCAGCGUUACUUGGUUGAAUAUGCGAAGCGUGGCACUGCGGGUUGCAAAAAAUGUAAGGAGAAGAUUGGAAAGGGCUUGGUACGCAUCGGAAAAGUGGUUCCAAAUCCUUUCAGUGAAUCUGCAGGUGACAUGAAAGAGUGGUACCAUGUCAAGUGCAUGUUUGAGAAACUUGAACGUGCAAGGGCAACUACUAAGAAGAUAGAUGAUCUGACAGAACUAGAGGGUUGGCAAGAACUUCAGGACCCUGAGAGAGACCUAAUUACCCAACACAUUAAAGGUAAAUGUUUUGUAUUUCUACUUGAGGUCUGCAAACGUGAUUCAAGUAUUGAAGGCUUGAGGUGUAUAUGUGUCAAUUGUUAUGAUACACUACUACUAUGGGAAGCUUCUCUACUCGGCAUACUGGCACUGGUCUUCAAAUAGAAUCAAUAAUGUAAUCUAUUUCUUUUGGGAGCCACUACUGGCUUUCUAUGUGAAAUCACAAGUUAGUCACCAUACUGUAAUUUCUAAGAAAAGAUAAUGUUUUCCAUUUUACACUGUGUUUAACUCUAAAGCUGUAGUAGUAUUAUAUAUAUGGCCAAAAGUCAUUUCAAUAAAGGGACUCCAGGCACCAGCCAGACCACUUCAUUUCAUUAAAGCGGUCUGGUUACAGUGUCCCUGCCUUGUUAACUCUGCAAAUGAAAACAUUGCCAUUUUGCAAGGUUAACAUGCCGCUAGUGACUGUCUUCCUGACUUUAGCAUUAGGAUUAGCCUUUAGUUUCUCUUUAAUUCUAAAGCUGAAAUAUAGUCAUAAUGAAACUCUAUUAUUAUUUUUUUUAUUAAAUGUUUCCAGAACUUGCUGCCAAAGCAGGUGCUACACCUAAGAAAAAGACUCCAUCAAAGACGAAUCAAUCAACAGCUGCACAGGGAUCAACGCCCAAUAAGAUGCCAGCAACCAGCCCUUCCCCUCUCAAGUUUUCUGGAUUCACAGGUAAAUUCGCAUUUUACUCUUCAGUCUUCAACUAAUCAUUGUCAUAAUUUGUAGAUUCUUCGUAUGUCCAACUGUUGAAUUGCUCUUCCUCAUUAAUGUUUUUUUGUCUAACUGUUAGAUGUCUCAAGUUGCUGGAUUACAACCCCUUGAUUUCUGUGGAUGGCAAUUAAUUAUGAUUGUUGUGGUUCUGUCUAGCACCUGCUUGAGUGAGGGCAAAUGUUAGAGGCUCUCCUAUCAUAAAAACUAGACCAGUCAGUAUGGUGUCUUUCAUUUGUGCACUUCCUAAGUGCACUUAUGAAGGGCCAAUUACACAGCCUUACCAGGAAAUGUGGAUUGUAAUGCAAGCGAAAAACCUAUUUUGCCUUCUCCUAGUGAAAUAUCCUAUUUGUUCUUUUGGGUAACGUUAUGUGAAUCCAUCUCAUUCAGAAAUACAUUUGAGUGUGUUAUUCACUGAUUUUUUUUAUUUUAUUUAUUUUUUUAUGUGGAAGGCUGGUCCAAGAAAUCUGUAAAGUCCAUUUUGUAACUAGUUUUCUUUUUAAAUACAUUUUCAGUCUUCUGGCCUACAAAAUUACAUUAUUUUCUUAUAAAUAGACAUACAGUCACGAGAAGAAAAAAAAAAGUACGCCCUCUUUGAAUCCUAUGGUUUUAAAGAUCAGGUAUUCACAAUCAUCUGUUCCUUUGUCUUAAAAUUAGGUAAAUACAACCUCAGAUGAACACACACAUGACAUAUUAGAUAUGUCCUGCAUUAACAAAAAUAAAGCCAAAAUGGAGAAACCUCUACUCGACUGAAAUGGUGUAGUAUGGACCUUAAGAGAGCUGAGCAUAAACAAAUACCAGAAAACCUUAAUGAACUGAAGCAACGUAAAGAAGAGUGGGCCAAAAUUCCUCCACAGUGAUGUGAGAGACUGAUAUUGUUAUACAGAAAACAAUUACUUCAGCAGUUAUUGCUGCUAAAUGUGGUUCUACGAGCUAUUGAAUCAUAAGGUGCAUGCAGUUUUUCACACACUUAUUUUUCUAAAAUAAAUCUGGACACAGUGUCAUAUGUUGUUGUUCAUCAUCUGUGGUUGUAUUUACAUAAUUUUAAGAGCUGCUAAGGAACAGAUGAUUGCUAUUAUAUCGAUAUGUAAAACCAGAGACUUUAAAUAAGGUGUACUUUCUUUUUCCCAUGACUAUACUUAUACAUAUCUGGGCAUCACGCAAUUUGGAAUUCUACCAACUCUAAGAUUUUCAUACUUUAGAUGUUGUUGCCACUCUCGUAGUUGCACAAAAUUCAUCCUAUAAUUCCACAUGUUGACCUAUUUUUGCGGUUAAUAAAUAAAGGCUGAUUUAUAUUUACCUUUUAUUUGUUUUAGUAGAUGAUUAGUGGCUGCAAACAUGAAUUAACACUAACAAACUAAAAAAACAAAAACACAACACAUAGAAGAGCUGUAAAUUUACUAUAAACAGAAGGGAUUUAUUGUAAUUGUAAAACUGUGAUGCCUCCUUCCUUGUGCUAGGUUUUUAUGUGGGGGUUAUUGUAGGAUUUUUUUACAUUUUGUUUAACCCCAUUAUCCUCAACAAAUCUGAAUUAUGAUAUCUUGAUCUUUAGGUGCCUGGAAUUUCCAAUAACCAACAUUUUUAUAUAUCUUUUCUUUACUCUAUCUCUGGCAAAGUGAACUUGACGUAUAACAUUAAUUUCUCUUUGCAUUUUCUGUAAUCCUCAUUUACAUACCAUUUUUCUAUUUUUUUUAAAAAAUGUUUUUUUGUGUGUUUUAAUUUUCUAAAGCAAAACCAGGUCAGUCUCCAGCCACACCCAGUUCUAGUAGUGGUUCAAGCAUUUCAACUGCAAAAUGCGAUCCCACUCAUAAGGACUGCCUACUGCGUGAGUUCCGUAAGCUGUGUGUAAUGGUUGCAGACCAGUCAAGUUACAAUACCAAGACCCAGAUCAUUCAGGACUUCUUGACCAAAGGCAGCGCUGGAGGUAUGUGGAUCAAGUAGUAGAAUAAAAUGAAUAAACACAUGUUGGAAUACGUUCAAGAUAAAAAAUACAUUUUAAAAAAUAUUUUUUUAUUUUUUUUUUAAGUGCAUAUCUUACUCGUAUUCAACUAUAUUUGCACAAAAUGUUUCAGCACUAUAAUUCACAUAAUUUUGAUGCUAUAAUUUGGCCCAUAUUAUACAACUCAACUGUAUCUUUAGUAAAACAUUGAUCUGUUAUACCUUUUAUGGAUUGUAAUUGAAGAUCCUAAUAAUUUCUGGAAAGCAUUGCAAUCAAAGUGAAACAUGUUUAGCAGAAACAAAUUGUAACUGUAGGAAGGAAAGUUAAUAUUAUCUGUUAACCAGACCUCUUGAUCUUAAAGCACAGGGGCCAUUUUUAGUGACUCCAAACUUUUUGAUGAAGUAAGCAUAUUGCCUUUUAAAUCCAUAGAGGACACCACAGCUGAGCAGUUAAGCUCAGCCACAGUGAUUAUCUCACUGGAUUUAGUGAUUGGGAGUCUGAACAGACCCCAGAGGUUCCCCCUCCAUUCCCCAAUGACAUUUUCAUCUGUGCUGGGCGUUUUCAGUUGCCCAGCACCAAUUGCAGUGAAUUGGGCAUACUAGAUUCAAUGAAAAAGAUAUGAAGCUGUCAUACUACAUGGCCGCAACAUACCACUCUGUUUUAGCCUAGAUCUCUCUUUGCCAAUUUCAGUACUGAUGUUAGCAGAGGGAAACCUUUUGUGAUUAGGAUUUAAAUGGGGGUUAAGAAAAUAUUUUAAGAUUAGGUUUAUAUUUAACAUGGGUUUAGAAUUUAAUUUUACGAUAAUCCCUCUGCUGAAAUCCACAACUAAAUUCCUCUGCUGACUUCCGCAGAGGGAAUCCUUCUAACACUAUUUAUGGGGAUAGGAUUGAGAUUAGGCUUAAGGUUAUAAUUGGGUUUAGGUAUAGAAUUUGUGUAUCAGUUGAGAUUAACCCCUUAAUGCCGUUACGGCGUUCUAUGCCGUCCCCAUUGUAAUAAGUUUUAAAGCAGUUGUGGCGGCAUAGAACGCCGUAACGGCUUUCUACCUCAGGAUCCUCCAGAUACUCACCUUCCCGGCGAUCCGCUUCAGGAGGACUGCCUGACAGCCCAGGCAGCCCUCCACCAGCAAAUAAGGCCCCCGGGGGCCAUGUGAUUGCUCUCAAAGAGCGAUCAUAUGGGCCCCUAUAGCUGGCUGUGGAUCUGCCUGCAGGGGCACUGUCUGGGCUGUCAGACAGUCCCCCUGCUGGUGGGAAAGUUAAAAAAAAAAUAUAUAUAUAAUUUAUUUUUUUUUCUCUCUAUAUCUCCACUUAGUCACAAACACUGGCCAAGUAUUAGUUUUUUGCUUUUUUUUUUUCACACAAAAACAAACAUGAGCGCUAACUUUGGCCCGUGUUUGUGACUAAGUGGCUACUAAAAAUGACUGGACAUAUACCGCACUUGCAAUACCUUGGGUUGUGUACUUUUGCAAAUGGUAUGCAAUCAUGGGGGUAAUUCUCAUUCCUGGGCUACCACACAGUCUCAAAGAUAACAUUACUAAUCUGGCAAAUUUUUAUGUGGAAAAAAAAAAUGAAUAAUGGAAUGUGCUAUAUUUGACCCUGUAACUUUCCAAAACACUGUAAAAGUUGUUAAAUCUGUUAUUGACUCUGUCCUUGAGGGGAUAAGGUGAGAUUUAUUAUUAGAUUUUUGAGUUGGAUAAGGAUUUAGACUGGUAUUAAGUUUGUUACUUUGCAAAUGGGGUAUCAUUUUACUCAGGAGAUGUUUCUGAGUAUAGAUAAGAUCCUUUUAUUACAGUGAGACACAUGCUAUUUCAAAAGUAAACAGAAAACAUGUGUAUGUAAAAAUGUUUACCACUUAAUAUUAUGGGCUACAUAAUAAGUGUCAAAAUACAAUGGAACACACUUAUAGCUCAAAUGCGAGGUUUUUGUUUAGAACGUGGACAAUUACUUUCAUCCUUAAGGGGUUAUAUGGCUUAUCUAAGUACCAUCAUCCUUCCAUAAACAUGGUUGUGUUUGAUGUGUCUCCCAGUUCUGGGUCAAACCACUUUCCAUCAUUUUGAGUGAGGAAUCCCAACAUACAAUCAUCCUGGUCCCUCUUGACCAUAUUUCAAAUGUGGAAGUACCACUUCUGAAUUGGCAAUAUUAAUUUUUCCAUAUUUGAAUGACUUUUAUUACCUGUGUGUAAGAUUAAGUGGUUGUGAUGGUUAGACUGACCAUUUUACUAAAUCAAUUUUUGUGUUAACAAAAAUAUGGCAUUUCAUAAGACUGCUUCUCCCUGUAGGACAAAGCAUAUGUUCAUAUAAAGCUCUUUUACACACAGUUACUGUAGUGACUUACAUAUUACACUUAUUUUUCAUUCACUACUGUUAAAGUAACACUCCAAGCACCAUUACCAGUAUAGUUGCUUGUAGUUGUAAUAGUGCUAUGAGGGAUCUGGCACCCUCCCAGUGUAAAUAGUCAAACCAUUUAAAAAUAGCUUGCCUUGGAUCCACUGGUCAUUUCAUCUGCAGUACAGAAGCUCCUUGCAUGGAGUUAAACCUUGCAGAGCAUGACUGAGAACUUCGAGCACCCAGGAGACACUUGGUAAGUUGUUGAACCCUUAAUUCAGUUUAAGUAGUCAAACUGUUUAAAAAAAAAAAAAAAUGGUUUAUAGGUCCCCACCACCCUCAUGGCCCCUCUCCUUUCUCCAGUGCCGGGCUCCCUCGGUGCUGGGGACCCUCCUCCUUCUUCGGACGUCAUCGGCUGAAUGCGCAUUCGCGGCAAUGCUUUCCUAUGGACGCUGGCGUCUUCUCACUGUGAAAAUCACAGUGAGAAGUGCGGAAGCGCCUCUAGCGGCUGUCAAUGAGACAGCCACUAGAGGCUGGAUUAACUCUAAUGUAAACAUAGCAGUUUCUCUGAAACUGAUAUGCUUACAGCUGCAGGGUUAACCCUAGAUGGACCUGGCACCCAGACCACUUCAUUGAGCUGAAGUGGUCUGGGUGCCUAUAGUGUCCUUUAAUCCCUUAACCCCUUAAGGACACAUCACAUAUGUGACAUGUCAUGAUUCCCUUUUAUUCCAGAAGUUUGGUCCUUAAGGGGUUAAGACACUACUGGCACUAUAACUGCUACAAUGAGCUGUAGUGGUUAUUUUGCUUGAGGUGUUCAUUUAAAGUAAAGCUUACUUUCUGAAGAAAUUAUCAAAUCAAAAUACAUUACCUACUGUCAAACACUUGAGUUUUAAAAUAAAGCUGUUUCUCAAAUGGGUAAUGACUGUCUUUUUUUUUUUUUUCCUGUCUUGUCUUAAUUCAGAUGGUUUCCAUGGUGAUACAUACCUAACGGUAAAGCUGUUGCUACCAGGCGUCAUUAAAAGUGUCUAUAACCUGAAUGACAAGCAGAUUGUCAAACUUUUCAGUCGCAUUUUUAACUGCAACCUUGAGGAGAUGGUGCGGGACCUUGAGCAGGUAAAACGUGUUAAAUAAAUGACAAUUGCAUUUUUUGGGAGACCUUUUAGUGUACAGGUUGGACAGCAAAUUUUAUUCUUCUGUAACUUUUUUAACUCUGUAGUGUUGUUUGCAUAAAAUCAUCACUGCUUAGGUGAGCUUUAAAGCUCAUAAUGAUAUCAAAGUAUGGUAUCUUUAGCUGCAGUAACUAUCCAUCUUCUGGUGCUUGGUGGUUAGCUGACACAGGAAAGCCCUGAAAUUGAACUCUGUGUAAUAAAUGCAGAUCUGUGUAUUACAAACUUUCAUGAUGUAGAUGAGAUUAGCUAGCAGUGAAACUAAAAUAGAUCCAACAUGUGAAAAACACAGAAAAAAAAUUGUUUCCACAAAGCAUUACUUAAUUGUUGGUAUAAAUAACUGAUUUUUGAAGUAUACACUUUUUUCUUGCAGUUAAUUUUGCAUUGGUUGUCUGCUGAACAAAAUGAGACUUGGGCCUAGCAAAUGGUGUAGAGUCUAAAACCUGUAUAGUGCUUUGCUGUAUGAGGAUGUAGCUGGGUACAAAUUAUGUUUCUUGGGCAGUACAGUGGAUGCAUUAGAGAUAAGUGCCUGAAGGUAUUUUUGUUAAUAGGGGGAUGUCUCAGAGACUGUUCGCAUAUUCUUUGAAAAAAGCAAGACAUUCCCACCAGCUGCUAAAAGUCUCUUGACCAUUCAUGAAGUGGAUGACAUGCUCAACCAGCUUUCCAAGAUGACAAAGGAAGAGGAUCAGCAGAAAGUCCUAGAAGAUCUUGCCCGCAGGUGAAGUUUUUGCUUGAGAUCUGUGCAUUGGCGAUUGUAAAACUUUACCAUGUCAUUUAUUUCUCCUCUUCAACAUUAAGUGCAUCUAAAAACCAAUGCAGCCAACUCUCUCAAACCAUUAAUGCUUGCUUUUUUUUUUUUAAUUGCUGUACUGUGUACCUAUGUAUAGGUGUACACAGCAUUGUGUCCAGGCUGGCAUAUGAACAAAACAAGAAUUUAAUGCACAUAUUUUUAUUAACCCCGAUGAUUCAUAAUGUCAUGUCACACAAGUCUCUAUAUAGUAUUACUAAAUUAACCCCAUAAAACGUGUUGUUUUGUAUAGGUGUACCAGUAAUGACCUGAAAUGUAUAAUACGCCUUAUCAAACAUGAUCUGAAGAUGAACUCUGGGGCUAAACAUGUGUAAGUGUAUUCUUGGGGGAUUCGCUAGUGUGGGUGCAUGUAAAUAGUUAUCUGCUUCUGCAGUGAAUACUGUUCUGCUGUGUUGUUAGGGUAACACCACACUUCACAAAAUUAUUUUGGCUAUCAUUCUAUUGUUAAUUGGUGGUUAAAUCCUUGUUGUUUUGCCUUUGUUUAAAGUGUUAGGUAUUUGUCCCUAAAGUGUUAAACACAGCAACAUUCUUUAUAAGCUGGCGUUUAUAUUGACAGAGUAAAGUUAACUGCACUUUUGAUACCGUAUGGGACAGUAUCAAUAGCUCUACAUAUUUAUUUUCAAUCAGAUUGGAUGCCCUUGAUCCUAAUGCAUAUGAUGCAUUCAAAGCCUCUCGUAAUCUAGGAGACGUGGUAGAACGUGUACUGCGUAACCAACAGCAAGCUCCAGGAAUGAAACGCACUCUCAGUGUACAAGCUUCCCUAAUGACACCUGUUCAGCCUAUGCUGGUGAGAAAAAAAACUCAUGUUCUUAAUUUUAAAGCCAAAGCUGUAUAGGCUGCAACAUUGGCAGUUAUGUAUGUAAAUGCUGUUCAAAAACAAAACCUAAACUAGGUACAUCAGUAAAAAAUAUAUCCUUAUCCUCUCUAUUUUUUGAUUCCCCCUUAGGCUGAAGCCUGCAAAUCUAUAGAGUAUGCCAUGAAGAAGUGCCCCAAUGGAAUGUACGCUGAAAUUAAGUAUGAUGGGGAGAGAGUUCAAGUUCACAAGAAUGGCGAUCACUUCAGCUAUUUUAGCCGCAGCCUUAAGCCAGUGCUUCCCCACAAGGCAAUUAUAUUUCUUUUUUAAUUUUCUUUUUAGAAGCAUAUUAUUAGGUUUCCUUCACUCGUGUGGUUUUUACCCAAGUAUUUUACACAGUGCCUUACAUGAUUUAAAUAUGACUUUUGCUUUUCUGUUUUCCAGGUUGCUCAUUUCAAGGAUUUCAUUCCCAAAGCAUUUCCUGGAGGAAAUAGUAUCAUCUUGGAUACUGAAGUCCUUCUCAUUGAUACCAAUACGGGCAAGCCCCUUCCCUUUGGGACGCUGGGUGUUCAUAAGGUAGAUCCUGUAAUACAUAAUUUUUGUGCAGCAGCUCCCAGACUCUAACACUGCCCUAACAAGCAAACAUUUGGGAAAUUUUGUAGAAUGAAGCUGUGUAAAUCAACUUGAAUGAAUCUGUGGUUUUAAAGUAAUGUUAUUGUUUUUGUUAAAAAUCACUCUCUAUUUACAGAAAGCAGCCUUUCAGGAUGCCAAUGUUUGCCUCUUUGUUUUCGACUGCAUUUAUUUCAAUGGAGUUAGCUUGAUGGACAGGUAGGCAUGGCCGGAAGCCAAUAUGAAUAGUGUCCCAUUUCAAUUUUGUCCCAUUUUAAUACUCCACAUCACCAACUUAUUUUAUUUUAUUUUUUAACAGGCCACUUAGUGAGCGGCGAAAGUUUAUGCGUGAUAACAUGGUGGAAAUCCCUAACCGUAUCUUGUUCUCUGAGAUGAAACAUGUAACAGUGAGUACUUGACUGAAUAUUUUAUUGCAGCUGUCUAGAACUUUUUAUAUAUAUAUUUAUAUAUAUAUUUGCUUUUAUAUGCCUUCCCUUCCAAUGUCUAAUAAUCUGGGGUGGUGUACUUGUAUUGCAUUGGAACCCUUUUCUGUAAUAAAUUUCAUGUUUCUUGUUUGCAUGGAGAGGCACCCACAAUGAACUUGCUUCCCAUUUUGCUCCCCUUAGAACAUGCAUUUGAUUUUCUUUUUCUGUUAUACUGGUUUUAUUGCAUAUUUCUCACACACAACUAUUGACUUCAAGAAAGGUGUGCAGGUUUGUAUUUUCCUACAUAUGGUAUCUAUUUUGUUUUCUUAGUACAAGUAUGUGUAAGCUUUGGUGAUUAACAUCUUCAAUGAUACUUUGCAGGCUUGCUGUGCAAUGCUACUGUACGAAUGACCCCAUUUCCCAUAUGUUUUGGCUUUUGUCUAAAGUUUGUUACAUAAAGUUAUUUUGUUUGCAGCAAUUUUAGUUCAUUUUGAAACCUUUUUAAUCCUUUUUUUUUUUUUUUUUUGUCAUAGAAAGCUGCUGAUUUGGCAGACAUGAUUACUAGGGUUAUCAGAGAGGGACUGGAGGGCCUUGUGUUGAAAGAUUUAAAGGUAUGUUUGUCAGAUAAAUGCAGUAUUUUUAACUGUGAACAUUUAUGAAGUCCUUCUCAUCUGACUUUGUUUCUCCUACUAGGGGAUUUAUGAACCAGGUAAACGGCACUGGCUAAAGGUGAAGAAGGAUUACUUGAACGAAGGUGCUAUGGCAGACACUGCUGAUCUUGCUGUCUUGGGCGCCUUUUACGGGAAAGGAGCAAAUGGUGGGUCUAGAGCUUGAUAAACUAUUAUAGUUAAAGUAAGCACUGUCAAACAAUUGGGAUACAAGCUAAUUAUAUGUGCUGGUGAAAGGGAAGCAAAGUUAUUCACUGGGUAGAUUUGUGGUUGUUGGUAAUCUGAAGGCUUUUUAUUUUAUUUUUUUUCCCUCUCAUCAAUGGCAGGUGGUAUUAUGUCUAUUUUUCUUAUGGGCUGCUAUGACCCACAGUCCCAGAAAUGGUGUACUGUGACCAAAUGUUCAAGUGGUUACGAUGAUGCUACUCUUGCACGUCUACAAAAGGAACUGGAUAUGGUGAAAAUCAGCAAGGUGGGAAUAUUUUUAAUAAUGCUUGUUCAAACUUUCCAUAAGCCCUAAAUAAUUGGGGAUAAUGUUUUUGUAAAUUUAAAGCGUAAAACUUUAACUGUAAACUGAAAGUUGUAUUUUUUUAAAUUUUUUAUUUUUUUUAUUCUUCCCUCACUCAAAAUGUUUAACUGUACAUAAUUUUAUUAAAGGAACGCUAUAGUCACCAAAACACCUUUAACCUAAUUAAGCAGUUUUGGUGUAUAGAUCAUGCUUCUGAAGUCUUGCUGCUCAGUUAUCUGCUUUAGGAGUUGAAUCUCUUUUUUUUUUUUUUUUUGUCUAUGCAACCUUAGCCACACCUCUCAUGGCUGUGGCUGACAGACGCUAUGGGGAAAAGAAAAGUUUCACUUUCAAUCAAAUGUUACUCACUUUAAAAGUUUUCAUCCCCUGGUCUAUACAUUUUACUUUAAUUACAUACAAGAGACUCCUGCGGUGUCUAGCAAGCUGUUAACAGAGCAGGAGAUAAGAAAUUCUAAAUAAAACCGAAUUUGCUAUAAAUGAAAUGUAAACAUUAGAUGACUCUUUACAGGAAGUGUUUAGGAAGGUUUUGCAAGUCACAUGCUGGGCGGUGUGAUUAGGGCUGCAUAAACAAAGUGAUUUAACUCCUAGAUGGCAGAGAUUGAGCAGUAAGACUGCAGCGGCAUGAUCUAUACACCAAAAUUGUUUUAUUAAGCUAAAGUUGUUUCGGUGACUAUUGUGUCUCUUUAAUUGCAAAAAUAUUGGCAUUGCUGUUCUUAAUUACUUAUCUGUGUGAACCUUUUUAUAUCUCUCAAAAUGUAAUUGUAUUCUGAAAUAACUAUCCUUAAAGGGACUCUCCAGGCAGCCGGUUUUACUCACCUGGUUCCAGCGCCGGGAGCCUCCUGAAGCUGCGCCCCCUAUUUUGUCAAAAUGACGAAAUAGGCGGGUGCGAGCAGGGAGCAAUCAGACGCUUCCAUUUGGAAGCGUCAUUGCUUCAUCAUGCACGGCUUCGCCGCACAUGCGCACAUACUUUAUAGGGCCGCGCAUGCAGGAGAGAGAAGGCGCGCACACAGUGCCUUCUCUCUCCUGCACACGUCAGACAUAUUUUAAUACGUCUGACGUGUACAAGGCCUUUUUAGGGCCCUACAUGAUAGGAAGUCCCUCUGGUGGCCGUCUGAGUGACUGCCACUGGAGGUAUUCCUAUCAAUCAAUGUAAACACUGUAUUUUCUCUGAAAAUACAGUGUUUACAUUAGAUUGCCUGCAGGGAGCUAUAGAUCUCGCCUGAACAACGACAUUAAGCUGUAGUUGUUCAGGUGACUAUAGUGUCCCUUUAAGUUGGUGAACGUUAUAUAACCAGCUUUUUGAGAGAUUUUCAUAUACAAGGGGCAAGCGAACUUGGUUGUAACUGCACGUCUUGGUGGAUAUAUAUAUAAUUUUUUUAUUUAUUUAUUUUUCUUCAUUACAGGAUCCAUCCAAAAUACCUCCUUGGCUGAAGAUAAACAAGAAUUACUACCCUGACUUUAUAAUCCGGGAACCAGAGGUAAAAAGUGUUCAUACACUUUAGGGUAAACCAUGCUAAUAAUAUCCAGGCAGUUUUCUUGCAACCAGCAUUAGCUUGUACUUCCCAUAUAUCCUCAUGUUGGUUGCAGGAGGUAAGUUCAUCAUGCACUUACUAUUGAAUUGGUUCUAGAAUUGUAAAUUCUGACUAUCAUCCAGAAGCUCAACAUUGCAGAAAGCAAAAUAAAUUUAUAAAAGAUGGUAAAUCUACAUGGCAUACCACUUCAGACCUUCUAUUGAUCAAUUUAUGAAACUCACAUUCGACGUGUGCAAAAAUUAGUUUGAGCUGGUCCGUCAGAUUAAAAUUUCUAUUGAUUGUUGAAUAAUUUUACUUGUGGAGUCACCAGGUAAGAUUGAUUCAGAAUUGUUAUGGAUUAACCGGAAUUUUAUUCAGACAAACUGGCUCAAAUUAAUUUUUGCACAAGUCUAACUCAAAUGUACACUUGGAUGUAUGGCUAUCCUUUUUCUUGCCUUGUUAAUUUUUAAUUUAUUUUAGCAGUUUUCUCUAGCAACAGAUAUGUUCAAGUACAAAUAGUAGUUUUUGUUUAACAGCACUUACAUAAUAUUGGCUUUGUCAGUGAUAGCCUUUUGUCAUCAAUCUAAAAUGUAAGUAAAGCAAAGCUGUUAAACUGAAAUUUGUCAGAUUUAGACUGCAGGUACUUUAGAGUUAUAAAAAUUCUGCUAAACAAUAAAAAAAAAAAAAAAAUUUAAUAGCUGCAAAGAUCUGUGACAAAAUGGCUGCAGAAAGGUUGCUGAAAUCUGCAACAUUACAUUGCAGAAUAAUGUAGACAUGGUUAGAGUAAAGUUUGGAAACCACUACUCCUCUUCCAAAUGUGUCAAAAAUCGAGAAAUUAUUUAACCUGUGCAUGUGGCUCAUUGCUAGUCUCUCAUAGAGAAAUCUUCUGAUACAUAACUAUGCUCUUUUCAUCUGUCCUUGUAUGUCUGGAAGUCUUUUUCUACCAUAGAGCGUGAAAUGUCCGCUUGCAUUAAUACUACACUCAGAGAUCAUAGAUAACGUAUUUAAGUAUGCAGAUGAAAAUUUCCUCUGCCUUCAAGUAGCCCGAUAAUAGAGGAAAAAACCCUGGGAUAAAAUGUGCCCUACAUUCUAAAAUUGUUUUUCUGAUUCCGCACACACACACAGCUUUAAUAUAGAGUUCACUCUAACAAUAGUGUUUUUUUGAAUCCUCGUUUUGAGAAAAGCUUUUCUUUACUUGCUUGUAAAUUGCUGGCAGGUUUCGGUUUAGUUCUGCUGCAAACCAAGAAGACCUAACAAUUUAAUGCAUCAGUAAUCUGCAACGUAGAAUGCUGCUUAUAGCGUUUCCAUCACCCCUCUCUGCCCCAGUCCAGUGUAAGCACUUUGCUGUAAAAUGCUUUAAUACUGUAAUCCUCCCAGCUUACUUACAAAUUCCUAGUUAACGAGACUCAAGAAAACCUAAGCCCUAACAAAUCAAUGUGUCUGAUCCUUUUACUUCCAUUUUUAAAACAGCUGAUCAUCUAAAUUUGCAUGAUUUUGUGUUGUAUAGAUAUAUAAUUUUUUGGGUUUUUUUUAUUUUAUUUUUUAAACAAUCCAUGUAUACUUCUUUACAGAAAGCUCCAAUCUGGGAAAUUACUGGAGCUGAGUUUUCUAAAGCAGAGGCCCACACAGCAGGUGGUAUUUCCAUUCGCUUUCCAAGAUGUACUCGCUUUCGUGAUGACAAGGACUGGAAGAGUGCAACAACCCUCCAACAGUUGAAGGUAAGCGUUUUGAAUUCAAGUAGGUUAGUUAUUGUAAAGCCACUUUAAGAAUGCAGAUAUUACUCUAUUCUUCUAUUAUAUACAUCUAUAUAUAGUAGUUUGAGAUAAGCCCUACUAUUUUCCAGCUGUGUUACUCUACGUCCAAUACUUGCUCUGCUCUGUUGCUUUGAGUUUGUUGCAGGUUCCGUAGCGUUAUUAUUAAAUUUUUUGUUAGUGCAAUAAAGGGGGGGGGGGGUGAUAACUCCACUGACCACUCCUCAGAUGGAUGCUAGAGGUGCUUCCUCGAGCAGUGCUGCACACUGUGCAGUACUGCCUUUCAGUGUCUCCACCAUCUACCUGCAGACAUUGAUCUUUCCUCAUAGAUGCAUUGAAUCAGUGAGGAGAUGCUAAUUGGCCAGGGUUGCGUUUGACUUGUGCUGGCUCUGCCCCUGAUCUGCCUCAUUGACAGUCUCAGCCAAUCCUAUGGGAAAGCAUUGUGAUUGGCUUACAGAUUCACUUCUGAUCAUGUCCAUUGUAAGAAUGCAGAUCAGGGGCAGAGACAGCAGCUGCAGAUUUGAAUAAAAGGAAGAUUUUACUAUAUUUAGGGAGGCAUGGUGGAGAAGGGGGGGCUAUAUGGUGGUUUUAACACUAUUGGGUCAGGAAUACAUGUUUAUGUUGCUCACUCUAUAGUGUUCCUUUUAUUCAUACCACUCAUACUUAGAAUCACAAACGUGACAGGAAAGUGAGAAAAUUAGUUCAGCAAAGCAGAGAACCUAUAAUCUACUGGCCAAUUUCUGUAUCUAAAACAUUGUGAUUUAUUCAACAGUAUACUUGGGUGCCGCCAAAUUUAUUGUUUUGUCCGAACUGAAUUUCAGCAAUUGUUAACUCAAUUUUCUGUCUUUACUGUCCGAAUUAAAUUCCGAUCCUUCCCGCGGCUGCAUCUUGUAGCUGUUUAGUAGAUAACCACAUAAAUUGGUACCCUUUUGGUAUUCUAUAGGAGUACCAAAUUGGGGAGCUGUUUAGUUGAUGGCUCUUUAUGGCAAUCCCACAAGGAUUAAGAAGCCAUCUACGAAUAAGCUGAAAGACCAAAAUUAUGAGAAGCCCUUCUUUUUUGUAAUUUUGAUCUUUCAGACAAUUUCACUAAUACGAAGUGAAAAACAACAACUUAGUAUUAGUAAAUAAGGGAGGUUAAAUCCUCCCUCCUGACCUUACUCACCAUGCCGUGAGUAAAGCAUGUCUACCAGUGGCUGCUCGCUGUUAUUUUAAAAAAAUAAAUAAAUUGUAAUGCAUGUAUUGUUUGCACACCAUACCAAGCUUUCUGCAUACAUUUUAAUGUUUUUCUUAACAUUCACUGGCUUCCUUUAUUAUAGCAAACUAAAGCAUCAUCUGCUCCUACAUUUGCCAUCUAUAUAAUUGUCUAAACUUCUGUAUACUAUAUAUAUAUAUUUUUUUUUUUUUUUUUAGGAGCUCUAUCAGUUGUCGAAGGAGAAAUCUGACUUUAGUAUAACCGCCUCAGCUUCUCAGGAUGAGGAAGGAUCUUCAGAAAGCAGCAGUCGAGAGAAUGAAGGAAAUUCAAGGCCUCCUACACCUAGCGGCUCAGUCAAAUCUUCUAAAGGCCAUUCUUCCAAAUCUUCUGUUAAGAAGCCAGAAGGUCAGAAGCUAUACCACAGACUACUCAAAUACUGGUGUUGAGAAUACAUUCAUACACAUGCAUUGUUAAUUGUUUUUGUUUACAACUUUUAAGGGAGUUUUUAGGCAUAUUUAUGAACAAAAAACAAAUCUACAAAUAUAAAAUAAAAGCAGACAUAGCGCAAUAUUGUAAAUUAAUAUAUUGCACUCCCUAGGAUAUUGAAAGGAUAUCACUACUCCGAGUUAUCCAAUGCUCCUCCAGAUAAUCUAAGGUGAUCAGGAUUCAUGCAAAACUUGAAAAAAUCGGUGAUAGUGCAGAGUCUUAAUAAACUAAAGUGGUCUUUAAUAUAUAUCAAACUUUUAUAAUACAGGCACAUCAAAAAUACAUCCAAUGAUAAGGAACGUAAUUUCACUGGUCACCGUAAAGAUUCCAGGGAAAUAUUCUUCCUCCAAAGAAGUAUACAGAAAACGGAUGAUGAACAAUAUAAAAACAAAAAUAUAAAUCACUUAGCUAGCAACGCCCUACAUGUUUCAUCCGAAUGCACUGACCUCCUCAAGGACACUCCUGUGUCUAGUCCUCAUUACCAGCGUUCCAAGUCUCGUUUUUGAGUAUCCUUAUAGUGCAUCCGUGCAUUUCUACUCUGGAUCUGAAGUCCUUUCCUGAUCAUUUGUGCGUUCCAAGAAAUGUAUUUUUGCGUUCCAGGGAGUUCAAGACACGCAUCCUACUUGGUCCAUUAUAUAUGAAACUCUUUUUAUAUUUAUAUUUUUAUAUAUAUAUAUAUAUAUAUAUAUAUAUAUAUAUAAAGAGUUUCAUAUAUAAUGGACCAAGUAGGAUGCGUGUCUUGAACUCCCUGGAACGCAAAAAUACAUUUCUUGGAACGCACAAAUGAGAUAUAUAGAUAUAUAUAUAUAUAUAUAUCUCAAGGAUGUCAGGAGAAACACAAUUUUUACAAUUCAUUCCAUUUUAACUUUGUAUUAAAGAGAGAGAUUGCUUGGAAAAAGUACCACUUUGUAGAAUGGCAGUAUAAUGUUGUGGUAUCUGAUCAGAUUGUAGUUAUAGAUUUUUGUACUCUGGUUUUGUUUUUUUUUUGUUUUUUUUAUUUAUUUUAUCCUGAACCAAAAUGACAUGCACUGCCUUGUCAGAAAUGUACAACUCAUCUGCUUUAUUUUAUUAAUUUACCAAGUGCAACCAUUUGCUUAUAUUGAUUUAUCAAUGAUGGUGUAAUAUCUAGAACAGAAAAAUUAGGUGUUGUGAUCUGUCUAAACGUACUUGUUGGUGUCAUGGCAGACAGAUGCUAAUUUUGUAUCUGAAUAAACACUGCUGGGAUUGAGCAGUAAACUUCUGGAAUGGAGAGCACCCUUUAUCCUCCUUGUGGUUUCAAUUGAAGAGAUUUGUGUAAUUUUUCUAUUUCUAUUGGACUACAUUUCUUCGCUUACUGCCACCAUUGUUAAUGCAAUUAUAACAGUGGAGUGUAAUAAAUGCAGUGCUGCAGCUAUAUUUUGCAAUGCUACCAUAAACCUUUAUUUGGUCACUCCAGUCCCCUAAGGUUAACUGAAUGUCUCCUCUGGCUUACAUUUUAGAAGUUCUGAUUCCAAAAUAAAACAGCACUGUUAUAUAAAACCCCUAAGUUACACUUUCUGGAUGUCAAUCAGACAGCCAGAAGGGUUUAAUGUGUCACUUAUGUCUGUAGUCUAUUGUAAAAGUGAGUUAUUCACGUAGAGGGUUUGUGCAGUAAAUCUAACCAUUCUCAGGUACAUUCAAACGGGCGGGAGGGGGAGAAAGGGGGGAAAAAAGUGUUUUGUUUUUUUUUGUUUUUUUUUUGUGUGUGUGUUUUUAUAUAUAAAUAAUCAAUGUUUCCUUAAGAACCGUAUCAACCACUAGCUUCCACUUUGUUUCUUUGACUAUUUAAUUUAUAUUUUUAGUGAUCAUAUCUUUUUUUCAGAAUACUUAUAUUACACGAACACAACUUAUAAUUAUGCUGUAUACUGUACAUGUCACCAGGGACUAAGUUUUUGUUUUCUUUACAAUUUUUCUAGUUAAGAAAAUGCUCCCUCCGCCAAAAAAGGAAGAGCCUGCCAAAGCAGAGAAGCGCAAAAAUGUAUCUCCGGGACCUGUCCAGAAUAAAAAGGCAAGCAACUGAUGGCAGGCCUUUGUACAAAAUAUAGUGCUGCAAUUUUUUUUUUUUACUUUUUCUUUGUGGUGGCUUUAUUUUUUAAUUUUUAUUUUUUAAAUUGUUUCGUUUUUUUUCUUUGUUUUACUCUUGCAAACCAGCAUGAGGAUUCCUGUUAGGAACACGCUAAUAUCAGACAGACUCCCAUCUGAUAGAAAUCCUCACUCUGACUGGUGGGAGUAUAACUAGCACACAUGUAAAAAAAAAAUGUAAAUGUUAUCCAUUUAAAAAAAAUAAAAUAAACGUGUAAUAAUAUUUUAUUUAUUUUUGUAAAUGUGCUUGUGUUUAUCUGCAGGUUAAAAUCUCUGAGGCAAGUCACAGCAAUGGCCACAGUGUAGUCCAAUUACCAUCCACUCCUAAGGUAAAAAAAUAAAAUUCUUUUCACUUGUAAUGUUAGAUUUUAUUUACUUAUUUAUUUUCAUUGCCACUACUGUUUAGCAGUGCAUUGUGGAAAACCACUAUAUUUUAUUUUAGCUUUAUUCAGUGCCAAGAGGUGGGUAACAUAGAUGUCAGAGUGUUUUAAUUUGUUAAUAAAGACCUUCGGACUGAACUGUUUUCCUUAGCACUUCAUGGUUUGAUUUUUAUUAUGGCUUAUUCACCAAAGCAGGAACAAGAAACUGCACAUUUUAGGUCAAAAUUUCUUCAACGCUUUCGUUUUCAGUUUGGCUAUUUUAGCCCAAGAUUUCCUACUUAUUACAUAGAUCAUAUAUUGUGGUUUUAUAUACCUGGUUACAUGGUGAUUACCUAGCACAAUUGAAGCUAUAUUAAACUCUCAUUUAAUGUUGCUAUUAAAUUUUCCCUUAGAACCUCCUGGAUAUAUUCACUGGUGUGAAACUCUACCUACCAUCUUCGCUGGAUGAUUUUGCCAAACUCCGUCGCUACUUUGUUGCAUAUGACGGGGACUUAGUACCAGAAUUUGAUGCUUCUUCAGCCACACAUGUAAUGGGUGACCUAUCUGAGAGUUCUGUAGAUGCCAAGCAUGUUACUCCACGUUGGAUAUGGGAGUGUAUCAGACGCCGAAGAUUAGUGGCCCCGUGCUGA